AUGUCUACCGCUCGAUUUCAGGAUUACCUUGAGUCAUGGAGAUUACACCUCGAAAGAACCCCAUUCAUCGUCCUCUUCCUAGUCUUGGGGACUUUGGCAUUCGCAUACUGGAAUCGCAAGGUCCGUCUCGCCAUUCUUCCAUUCCAACCCACUAACACUAGACAGACCGCCACAUCCAGACAUGAGUCUUCAUCCUCAGGACAAGCAUCGGGGUCGAUGCGCGGAUACCCCCCCAUCACCCCCCUCCCCAACUUCACCUGGCAAACAACCAACCCACUGGUCUUCCGUCCCUUCAAGCCAAAAUACCACUUGACGAUGGCCCUCUCGAACCUGUCCGUCUCAGAGCUCAUCCCCAUGGACAAGACGUACAAAGAGCGGAUGGCGCUUCGCGCCGCUCUACUAGCGCAGUACCGCGACGUCGUGCUCGGCGUGCACGACGAAGACGAUCCGCGGAUUCGGCGCGCAGUGGCGGAAUUGUAUACGUUCAUCCUGGGGACGUAUCUGCCCACGCGGUAUCCGAGCAUGUUUUCUCUGUCUGCGUCGGCGGACAAGAAUAAUCGUACAAGGUCAGUGGAGAACAAGGUAACGGGCAAGACGUGCCCGGUGGAGAUGGACGCGGGGCAGCCCGUCAUCAAGGGCCUAGAGAUCCUGGGCCAGACCGUCGACGAGGAUUUUCUCGUCCUCUUGCCGGAGAAGACCGAGACGGACACGGGGAAAGGGAAAGAAAACGAGGAGAGGUAUUUCCUGGCGGCGUACACCACGUACUUCCCGUCUGGGUUCGACACCCGCGCGAAACUCGGGCUGCGGCUCGCUGCGAUCCAUGACCCGGUGCCUGGGUACCAGGAAAAGCUGGAGCGGAGCAUGGACCGGUUCUUUGCGAGGGUGGAGGUGGGGAGGUUCGUGUCGAGGGUGAACUGGAGUGUCACGACGGAGACGGGGCUGUUUGCGGCGUUUGGGGGCGUGCAUGGCUCGGCGGCUGGAGGGGGGCAGAUUGAACCGGGGAUGUUGGAUGUGGAUUCGACGGUUCUCCGGUGUGAGCGGCAGACGCUGCAUCGGCUGCCUCGGAGCAAGGCGCUCGUCUUUGCGUUCCAUACGUAUACGUAUCCUCUGCGAUCGAUCAAGGAGGAAGGGCUGGGCGAGGAGCUGGCCACGGCGAUCGAUGGGUUGAAGGCGGGCAAUGUGCCCGGGAUGCAUUGGUACAAACGGGGUUCUGUAUGGGGCGAGGCCGUCAAGCACUUUCUACGUAGUUGA